ACCAUCCCACGCUCCAUAUAUGAUUGAGACUUCCAAACAAAUCAAACACACCCAAAAAUGAAGCCCUCUUUUGCUACACAAAUCUUGUUCAUCAUUCUAUCCUUCCUCACCCUCUCCAUCAUCGCCCAACACUCCGCUCCAAAUCCUACGGAGACGACGAUCGAGGGAGCGUGCGCGCUAACGAGGGCCCCCGAGCGUUGCGCCGCGCUGCUGAGAUCCGACCCUCGGAGCGCGAGCGGGGACAUCCGAACGUUCGGGUUGAUCGUACUCGAGAGAGCUUUGGCCGAGGUGGAAAGAGUGCAUGGCUCGAAAGGGAAGAAGCUGUGCCCGAACAACAAGUGGUAUCGGAGGCUGGUUCCCGACAUCUUAGAGGGUGUCGAGAAGUUGAAGUCGGGGGCUCAGCCGGUGGCUCCUGCGGUGGAUAAGAUGUCAAACGCCGUUGAAGACAUUUUGAGCUGCGGAAGUUUUAAUUCUUCUUCGUCUCGUGAGAGUAGUAGUGGCACGUCCCUUGUGGGCCUUCUUCGAAUUGCUAUGGAUAUUCUAUUAGUUCUUCCUUAAUUGAUAUAAUAGGCUUUAAUUUGAUUUCAUGGUAAAAAAAAAAGGACUUUGAAUUAG